GUCCACUAUGACACCGUCUGGCUGAGCAUGAAGACUUCUCGGAGGGAUCUCACAGCGGGUUGGAGAUUCCUUGGAUCGAACAUUGCGCUGCGAUCAAUUAUGUGGCGCCGGAAAACAGUCCCGAUGCUGUUCCGAGAUCGAGUGAAGCAACAUCCACACAAAACGAUGUUCGUGACACCCGAGCGCGAGUGGACAUUUCAAGACGUCGAAGACUACACGAGCAAGAUCGCAAACUAUUUUCUCCAGAGAGAUCUCAGAGCUGGAGAUAACGUCGCUCUAGUCAUGGAGAACAGGGCUGAUGUCGUAUUCGUUUGGUUGGCCCUGUCGAAAAUCGGCGUUGCUACGGCCGUCGUCAAUUAUAACCUGCGACAGUCGCCGCUCCUGCACUGCAUUUCAGUUGUGAACACCAAGGCAAUCAUUUUCACGCCCCAAAUGGCUCCCCACAUCAUGGAAAUCACCGCCAGCAUCAAGGAUAAGAGAGAAGCCAGAUUUUUCAUAUACGGAGAGUCCGAAAUGUAUCCUCAAUUCCCUGGAGAGAAUAUCCUUGCGAAUUUGGAUUCGAUGCCGAGUGAGCUUCCGAGCUACAGAGGCUCACUCGACGACAAUUUACUCUAUAUCUUCACAUCGGGGACUACCGGCAUGCCGAAGGCAGCGGUUAUCAAGCAUUUACGCUACAUUUUCUGUGGAAUAAUGAUACAUCACAUGAUGCCUCUGAAAUCUUCGGACAGAAUGUAUCACUAUCUUCCAUUGUAUCACAUCGCUGGGGGUGUAUUAGGUACUUCACAAAGUGUGUUGUUUGGCCUCAGUGGGGCUAUGGCUCCGAAAUUUAGUGCUUCGACUUUUUGGGAGGAUUGCAUAAAGUAUCAGUGCACAGUAACUCAAUACAUUGGGGAAAUUUGUCGAUAUCUUUACAACCAAGCUCCUAAGGUGACUGAUAAUCAACAUUCUAUACGUCUGAUGUUCGGCAACGGCUUACGUCCGCAACUCUGGAUGGAUUUCAAAAAUCGGUUCCGAAUCGAAAACUUGCGAGAAUUGUAUGGAUCGACGGAGGGCAACGCAAACAUAAUAAACAUCGACGGAACCGUAGGGAGCGUUGGCUUCGUCCCGACUAUCUGUAGGGUGAGCCCCUUUUUGGCGAGUUUCAUAUAUAACUUGAACAUAAUUAAAAUUGAUCCCGAGAGUGGGACGCCCGAAAGAAACAAACGAGGUCUCUGUGUUCGAGUGAGACCCAACGAGCCUGGAGAACUCGUCGCAAGCAUAGACAAGAAACCUCAAUGCAGGUUCGACGGUUACACAGAUUCGUCCGCAACCACGAGGAAGAUCUAUAGAAACGUUUUUAGGAAAGGGGACGAGUGCUUCGCAUCUGGGGAUAUCCUCGUUUUCAACAAUGAUGGCUACUUGUUCUUCAAAGAUCGCACGGGAGAUACGUUCCGAUGGAAAGGGGAGAACGUUUCGACAACAGAAGUCGAGGACGUCAUUAGUAAAUACGCAGAUCUCAGCGAUAGCGUAGUCUACGGAGUCGAAAUUCCCGGCCUUGAAGGAAAGGCUGGAAUGGCUGCACUGCUCGAUCCGGCUCAAGUCGUCGAUGUUAAUAAGCUUCUCGAGUGUCUGCGGAAAGAACUACCUGCCUACGCUGUGCCUUUGUUCAUCAGGAUAGCCGAGAAACUGGAGGCGACCGGAACUUUCAAACUGCCCAAAAUGAAGCUCAUGCGAGAGGGCUUUGAUAUCAAGAGUUUCGAGGAUCCCGUUUAUUUUCUCGACCAAAGUGAAGGCGUGUAUGUCCGAUUCGACCAGAAUCUACUCGAGAAAUUAGUGAAUAAGGAAUUGCGGGUUUAGCCGAGAAAAACGUCGGAAAUUGAGGGAGAGCUGAAAGUUUAGAUGUAUCACUCUCCGUCCAGAAACGUGAGGAUUUAUUGGCUCAAGCGAAAUCGAGAGAUUCAUUGG